AUGGAUGAAGAUGAACGACAGAGGAAACUAGAAGCUGGGAGAGCUAAGGUUUGUUGCUAACAUGUAACACACGUUAGAAUGGUAUGCUAGCAGUUAGCAAAAGCUAGAAAGCUAGGUCUUUUGUCACAGCUCUGCGCUGGUCCACUUCUGACUAAACUCUCCUGAUGGCUAAAAGUUCUGGUUGGUGUGGGUCAGCUUUUAUUGAAAUUAAAGGCUCUGGUAACUACACCCGUUGGCCGCGCAAUUUGGCUGUAGAGAGCUAAAGGAUGCAUAACAUACCAAGAGUAGCUGAAUUGAAUGCACUUGAGUUUGUAAACAGUGAUUUAGAAAAAUUCAAAUGAGCUUUUUCACCCAGAUUAUGUUAAAUAGUCUUUCAGAUGCCAAAUAGUUUCUUUAUAGAUGUAUGAAGGGCCGAUGCAGGUGCACUGUGUUUUAUUUUGAAGUCUUCUGAGGCCUCCAGCUGACCAAACUGGAGUGCAAAAAUAUAUUUUCCUACCUCAAAGUAGUUAUAAAUAGACAUUACAAAUAUCCAGUUGUUGAGGAAAGUAGACAAGAACUUGAUGAAUAACAUUUCACACUUUUUAAGAAAAUAAACACAGUUAACUGUUUUAAUCAGAGCCCCAAAUGUUAGAUGUCAGACAUUGGUCGUUGUGAUACAACAUAUUAAAGCAGUCUGAUGGACUCCUCUUUUGUCCACCUUUUUCCAGUCUGUGUUGCAAAUGGAAGAGCAGCUGUUUGUAAUUCAAUAGGAAUCCCUGUUACUUAUGGACCAGUAAUCAAGAAUGGCCUGUGUUAACAAACAGGCCAUAUUGUCUGAAAACUAGAUGUCAAAGUAGGUCACCUGUGCAUGGAAGGUUAUUCAAUUGCUUUUCCCAGACAGUGUUGUACCUAAUGUAGGGCCCGACCGAUAUGGAGUUUUUGGGGCCGAUGCUGAUACCGAUUAUUGGGGGGUCUGAUUAAUCAUUGAUUUUUUUUUUAAAUAUGAAGUUAUAAAAAAUAUAUAUAUGUAUAUAUACUGUAGUAUAUCUACAGUAUAUAGAAUACUGUGGCUUUACUGUAGGCUACUGCUCUUCACGCUGACAGGAGGACCGACUGAUCAAAGUCGGACCAGAAAAGCGUUUUAAACUACCCCUGCCGCGUCUUAACUCAAGUUACUCAUUUCAGGUCCGGUGUCAACAGUGUAGCUGGGCUAAUAGCAGAUGGCUAACUCAAAUUUUAGCUUUUUAAUUACAUGGUGCUUCACCGUUAACUCGGUGUGAUCGAGACCAGCACAGCGGGGAACAUCGUGAAGUGGGUUGAACUGAAACUUGUUGACUUAUUGUGUACUUCACAAACUAGUUUAUGUACCAUUGAGGCGGACCACUCUCCUCCUUGCGUCCCUGAGCUGCCUGCUUCAGAUCCGUCACUCUGCUGUGCUGUGAGGUAGUUAGUGGACGAAGAUUGUCAGGAGGUUGCUGCGCCAUCUUCAGGAUAAGUCGGGGAACUUUUCAAAUAGCGGAACAUUUUAUUUCUAUAAAAAUAUCGGCGAAAAUCUGUGAUUUUUGGCCAAUUACGAUUAAUCUCAAAUGGGCUAAAAUCACUGAUUUAUCGGUUGGGCCCUAAUAGAAAGCAGUGGUCCAUUGAUAUAAUGCAUAAUUUGAAAUAGCACAACUUAAUCGCUGAUCUCACUCACAACAGAAAUCCUCCGCUAUGCCUCGAAACAAGUCGGUAAGUAUAGAAACUGGUGACUGGUACAAGCAUUUGAUUCUCCUGUGGAAGUUCUCUUUGUUAUGUUGGUCUUGAAUGUGGUUUCUGGGUGAUCAACGCUUUCCUCUGCUUUUCUGCACCAGGAUAUGAAUGAAUGCUGUACACUUUUGAGAUUUUUAAGCCUGCUGCUUCUAACUGGCCCCAAAUCAUUAAAGAAAAAUGAAUGAGUUUUCCAGCAAUGAUUGAAACGUUCAGUGUUGUCAUGCCUUGCUUACACUGUCAUGCUGUAUGCACGCCAUCAGGUGGUGCAGUAAGCCCGUGAGAUUUGUUAAGGUUGGGUAUGUUGCACAUCUCACAUGAAUAGUGUUGCUAUGGUAAUGCCGCGCUGUCAGUGUUUCACUGUGUGCAAUGCAUCAGAAAGCUUUUCAGAGAGGGUGCCACACAUGUAAAUGACAGAAUAUACACAGACGAGUGCAAACAAAUACACAGGAACCAAAAGAAAAACAAAAGGGACAAAUGGAUGCUGACAUGUCUAUGAGCGCCAUAGCAGCAUUCAGCAGUUCAUUUGUAAGAUCUGAUGUAGCCAGAAUAAGCUUAGGGUGUUCGUCAGAUCCUCAGUGGUGCAGAAGCGGCCUUGGGCUAAACACAGCUCAUCUGGCUAAUGUGCAUUUCUAAGAUGUUGUGGCAGGCAGAGGCGGCAAACAAGGUGACAAAAGGACACUAAGUUAAGGGUGGGGCUUUAAGUCAUUACCAGUAGAGAAGCAAAUGAGCAACAUGAGGUGAGAGGAGAUUUAAAUCUAGUGAUGUUUUUUGUGCGAUUGUGCAAAGCUUUUACCUGGUUUGUGUUUUAAAAGAGAAACAUUACUUAAAAAUCGAUGCAUUGUUGGAUACUAAAUAGGAGUACAAAUCAACCCCACGACGUGGCUUUACAACCAGUCCUGUGACACGUCAUGAGCAUGUUCUCAUGCACACGUAUGUGAUUCAUCAAACAAAGCAACAAGUAGAUCUCCGUGGCCUUGCGACUGAGCAUGCACACUCAGAUGCUGCUCACCACACAGAGCUCUGUCUCCUCCUCUCCAUGUGAAUGCAUCUCCCAGUCUCCACCCUCUUUCCUUUAGUCUAGACACAUGCCAUCCACUAUCCAGUGUUUGUGGAUUUCACUGCACUCUACGUUGGCUGUGGCAGGGAGUUUUAGGAUGAGAGGUUUUGGCACGGUGUGUUAUUCUCUUCAGUCUGCGAGAUCUUCUUCUGGAUAGCAGAGCAGCUGCCCCUUAAAAGGAAGGACUGACAGAUGUGACCAUCAGCAGGAGAGGGAGCUGCCGGUUAUCUGUCAGUUAUUGAUGUAAGGCUUCAUGAGGGUCCCUGUCACAAUGUCAGCUGCUGUAAUCUGAUUUAAGCUGCUUAAAGAAGAGAGACCGGCAGAGAGAGAGAGAAAGAGGGAGAGAGAGACGGAUAUUAAAAAAUACAAGAGGAGUGUUUUGCAGAGAGACAUGGCCUGAGUUGGAUUUGUACAAAACAGUCCCUCUGGAAUUCUGAAUAUCUUGUGGCGUAAUUGGAGAUUAUGUUUUUUUUUUUUAUGUGUAUGAACUUUUCAGGUUCAUAUUCUUUUAUUUUUCGGUUGUUCUCUUUUUUAAUCUUUUAUCCUUUUUAUUUGAUUACAUGGAUAACUCUGUGUCGCUGCGUACGGCUCCAAUCAAGGACUCGAUUCGUCUCUGACUUUUGCUACAUGCUGAGAACUGGAAAGUUUCUGACAUGGAUGUCUGCUUUCUUUCCCUCUAACCUUGUGCUGAUUCUGGUCUGCUGAGAAGUUUUUCUAAUAUGUGUCACUAAAAUCUGCACUCCUCAUGGGUUUGACACAGCUCUCAGGAGGUUUGAGAAUAUUUAGUAUCACCUCAUUUUGAACUUCUCAGGCUGUGGUGUAUUUCAGGUCUGAGUUUGGGACUUCUUCUUGCUUCACUGGGCUCUGUCUUUCUUUAUACCGCACAAGUCUGACUCAUCAAAAAUGACAGCUGCCAAUCUGGGAUUACAAAUGUGUUUAUAUGAAUGCUGUAAUGCUGUUUUGAUUCUCUUUCAAUGAGUCCGCUCUGGGGGGAAAUCUGGACUCGAGUUCUCUCUCACCUCUGACCCCUGAGCUUCACCAUGCUGCUGGUGUGGUGGUGCUCAGUGGUUCUUACCUACGUCUCCGUCUACCUCUCGCUGUCGUUCCUGCGCAGCUUGCUAGCUACAGACAGAAGCGGGCGAAAAGCGACAGUGCGGGGGCGCCGAAAAAGACGCAGAAGAGGAAGGGCCAGAAUGACGCGCAGAAUGACGGCGCGGCGCAAGACCACCACGUAGGGGCGGCGCCCCCUGCGGCUAAGGACAAGGAGCUGAACAACAAGACCAACCAUGAGGUACACCACCUGAUGCGUGUCAACCACCUGCCCUCUCUCUGUAUAUAAUUUACAGAUGACAGUGAAGAAAUCUGAUCUAUGUGAGAGUUCGUCACACUAAUUACUUGAUUGCAUGAUAUUACUUUAUUCAGAUUAUUCACAGAUCAAUCUACAUGACCUCCAGAAUGUGUCUAAUUUUGUUUGCUCACUAACAAGUGGUCCGUGCCCCCCGCUCAGUAAACAUACAUUAGAGAAAUGGGUCACUAACCAUCAUGUUGCCUGUAGGGCAGGUUGUCAUAGCAACCUGGCCAGGAUUGACUGUGGCACUAUUUGCUGCCUUUCAGCACAAAGUUCAGACACACAACUCAAAAAAUGCAAAAAGUGUUUGUGGCACGUUUCAUUGCGCUGGCAUUUCCUCAGCGUUAUUAACAAGCGAAGCAGAAAAAUGUUUUUGACUUUAUUCUGAAAUUUAUUAUUAAACCCUGUAGGAACCCCAGAAACCAGAGAAAUCAAAGGUCGAGAAAAAACAGCAAAAGGAUCGGGCCCCAGAGCCGGAAGAGAGCCCGUCUCCUGUGGAAGACAUCCGAGAAGAGGAGCUUGUCGCACUCACUGGGAAAGAGCAGCUUAAGGUAUACACAGCAUGAUGUGACAUUUUUCUAUAGAGCACUUGAAAGCAUGUGAUUUAAGCACUCGAGAAAGACUCAAUCCAGCCUAAGCAUGUCUUGAGAUGACAAGCUAAAGAGAGGGUUGGCUUACUGUCAUAAAUGCACACUGAGCAUUCUAAUCCUGGCUUCUCAAUUCAAACGCUGAAGACUGGAAACUGAUCCUGUUUACAUACCAAAGAGCUGUUUAUUCCCAUUUCUGUUUGUCAUAUAGAUCAACAUGUCAUUGCUGUUGUGUUUUAACUCAUAAGACAAAAGAAGACUUGUUAUUGUGUUGCUCUGUGUUUGAUUUAAAAGUGUUGGGAAAUUUGUGCGUCUGUGUUCUGUGCCAUCAUCAUCAUCAACCCAUGGGGAGGGUAAAUGUCUGUGUUUCUGCCCGGCUGCACUGAUGUGAAUAUGCAGCGUAUUUCAUCUUCUGUGUUCAUGUGAAAGGAGUCUCCAGCUGUGAAGAUGUAGCAGGUCUAAUAUUACCUUAUGUGAAUUCAGGGGUUUUCAAUUGGCUUGACAACAGUGUCAGAUGGUUUACUUGUUACACUCAGCAUCACGAGUCAUGUAGUAUUUGUUCUCUCAAUGAUGAAGGGAAACAGGGGUCCUCAAUGUUGUUUUACAACGGCUGAUACAAGUAAUGAGAGCAGGCUGGGAGGCAGCUGCAGGGCCAUGAUGACAUUCUGUUGUUGUUGUCGUAGCUGACAUCAUUUUGCAUUUAAAGCAAUUUUAUGAUAACUCCCAUUAUUUCAUGAUCCAGUAACAUGCUCGGAUGGAUUUUUUAAAAUUCCUGAAACAGAAAUAUACAAGGGUUUGGGUUAGGUUUUAUGCUAGAUUUCAGAACAUAACUGGUGACACUUAACUGCAUUUUUCUAUAUACGAAUUUAGAUUAAGGUAGGGCUGGGCGAUAUGGCUUCAAUUCAAUAUCAUGAUAUAUUGAGCGGUUCACCUCGAUAACGAUAAAUGGACGAUAACUACUCCACAAGCUGCUCACCCCCUCCCACAUCAACUUUGUCGACUUCAGCCGCUACAACUCUUGAACCAUCCUCCAUCUCCUCACCUGUCUUUCCCUCUUUGUUACGGACUGGAUGGGGUGGAGUCACGUCUUAAAGGGGCAUGAGACCAUAGCCUACCUACACACAUCCAAAACCAACUUUUAUUUAUUCAUUUUUACACUGAAUAUAUUGACAUGGGCAAAAUGACGUCGGUUAUUGCCAUAAAUUUCGGUAUUGGUUAACUUUUUGGUUUAUCGCCCAGCCCUAUAUUAAGGACAAGCGAGUAACUAUAUGAUCUGAAAAAAGGUCAUUCGGGAUGUGAAAAAUGUGUUAUCACUAAGGAGAACAAAAACAUUUCAGCUGUCUCCAGAUAGCGUCUUUUUUUUUUUAAUCAGAUUAUCUCAUGAUACCAAUGAUGUGUCCAAUCAAUUUGUCUAUCUGAAAUGAAAUCGUAAAAGUUGUGGAUUACUUUUGAUAAACUUGUGUGGCUCGCAGGAUUUACAAGCUAGCUUUCAGUUUGUGGUUGGCUGCAGUCUUCGUGUUUGACAGUUCUGGCUUAAAUGCUAAUCCAUAUCUGCCUUUUCAGCUUUCGGGUUUUUAGAGGAAACAAAAAUAGGCAGAUUCAGACAGCGAGACUUUUAGAGUGUAGCACGAAUUUCCACAUUAAAGACGCUGAAUCUUCACUCAACCUCAGGGUAGAAUGUAUGCAGAUGAGUGUAUGUUUGUACCUGCCUAUCACGGUAUGAUCCAAUCUUCAACUGCACUUACAGAAAUUACAGCAGGCUGUGGAGAAGCGUAACGAGAUCAUCGCGAGGCUCAGCUCCAACCUGCAAGAUGCGCUAGCCAGUAGAGACCAGGUGCAACUGGAGGCACAAUCACUUGCUGGCCAGAUUCAGGCGCUACAGAGACAACUCCAGCAGGUAAGAGACCUACAAUUAUGAACUUCACUGUUUAUACACACUGUAACCGAACGUGAAUACACAGUGGAAUUUCCUUCUUACAGACCAGUGUGGAGUUUUUACGCAUCAAAAAUCAGUCAGGGCCAGAAGUUCCCAACAACCAUCUUCAGCAGCAUCACCUAGGUCACCACUCCCGAUACGUGGAUGUCAACCACAAGGAGGCGUCAUCAGGGGAUUCUGCAAGUGGAGGUCCUGCAGACACAGACAGUGAGACAGACAAUGUUCUGCGCACACUGAGGGCCGAGCUCAAGGAGGAAAAGCAGAAUAGCCGGCGCAUCUGUGCUGAACUGGAAGAGGAGAUGAGGAAACACCAACAUGUGCUUUCUUUACUGGAGGAGGAGAAGAGAGGCAGAGAGGAGGAGCGAAAGGAAAGGGAGGCGCAGAUGCAAGACCUCCAGACCCAGUUGAGCUUCGUCCAAACACAGUGCCUUGAGCUGCAGCAGCACAAAGCCGAGAAAGAGGAACUGAACACAGAAGUGCUUUAUCUGAGGAAAAGGCUUCAGGAGGAGGAAGAUGCACAGCGGAGAUUCAGCGAGGAGAUGUGCGGCUCUGCCUUUCGCCUCCAGAGCUUCGAGGAGGACAUGCGGAGGCAGGGGGAGGAGAUGGAGAAGCUCAAAGUGGAGCACAGAGAGGAAGUAGAGAGAGUCCAGCAGCUAUUGGAGGAGAGGGAGAGAGAACUUAAAGUUAGAGAAGAAGAGGUCGAAGGACUGAAAGGCUCCAAGAAUCGGCAGAACCAGGUGAAGGCUGGUUUUAGCCGCGAUGAAAGGAUUAUUGUGGAUGAGGAACAGCUGGAAAAUGGACCUGACCAGGACGACUUGAAUGUAUCAACGUCUGGAGAUAUCUUGAUGGAGCGGUAUUUGUCUUCAGCUCCUCGUGCGCACUCCCAGUCUUCAGUGAUCCAUGAAAGCUUUGAACACUGCGGUCAGCUCGACGUCUCUGCAGAUCACAGGUCAGAUAAAUACCAAUAGUUAUGUGUAUCUGUUGUUUUUAUUGACUACUCAAAUCAUUUUUUUCUCCAUCUUUUCACAGUUUCGAGCUGAACAGCGACAUUUUGGGAGACGAGCCUCUGUUAUCAAUAACAAACCGUUUCCAAGAGGAAAACAGCCUCCCGGACAACUCCAGCCCACGUGGCUCCUCUGCAACCCCCCUGGCAGAUGACAUGAAGUCUCAAUCUCUUUCCCACUGGCUUCACAACUUCCCUUCCAACAAGCUGGAGACGAGCGACCUGUCUGAGCAGCAGUUCGAGGAGACGGACCUGGAAAAGGAGCUGCUGAAUCAGCAGUGCGGGGAGCUCCGUGAGGAGUUGGCUCUCAAGGACAGGGACCUAGAUGUACUGAGGGAGGAAGUCAUCAAGAGCGCUGAAGAGCUGGAGGAGGCCAGGAGCAGGUAAUGAAGUUAUUUAGGGCAGAGAUUUAAUUAGUUCUUCUCCUGAAAUGUUUUCAUCACUGAGUUUAAAGUUUUUGUGAAACUUGUGUUGAAUCUUUGCAAUAAGUUUAUUCACACUUUGAUUGAGCUCCGCUUGUGGUGUUAAUCCAAUAAAUACAGGUAGAUGUCUUAUGGCAUGUUCGUUAGAUAGUUUUUCUAUGAUUUGUCUAGAUUUAUUUUUUUUAACUUUUUGCAUAUUUUAUUAACAUUUUCACUCUGCGUACAUCAGCCAGCAUAUAACGCAAAAAGAAGUACACUUUUAGACUCCCUCCAGCAUACAGUAAAACUUCCUUUGAAAAAUGCACAAUGGUUUUACAACAAAUCCAAGACAGAAUAAGAAAGUAGAUAAUAGAAAUUCAUAACGCAAAAGUCAACUAAAAUAAAACUGAAUAAACUGAAAACAAACAAAAAACACGAGUUCAGUGACAACAUUUUAAACAAAAACAUAGGUAUAAAUUCGUACAUGUUUCCUUUCAGUAUGUCCCUCAGGGAUGUGUACGUAAAUUUUCUAAACAUCCCACUGAGCAAUAGACGGCUAUUAGACGUGUUACCUAAUUUCAACCGUCUAGAUUCUGUAUAUUUUUGGACGGUUGCACUUUAACUCAUUAUUCGAAAACUAUUUAUCCCAAAAAGCAGCUGUGAGUUGCAUAACUGAUCUCCAAGUACUUCACCAAAAUAAUAAUGAUAGUCGUUAAGCAAAAUACAGUGUAGUAAAGAUACAGCCCAGAUUUAGACUUGGUCCAAACUUGGUCUAAAUUUAGACGUCUAAAAAAACUUUCAUUUUUAGACCUGUGGUAGCCUGAUUUUAGACCAGCUGUCUAGACUACAUUGAGACAUCUAUUAGACCUCUUUUAGACCAAAAAACGCUCAGAGGGAUGUUACUAUAGGGAGCCAAAGAUCUUGAAAAAUGUAGCCUUUAUUAUACUUUUCUAAAGUCAGUCUCUCUAAAGGUAGAAACUCAGAAAUCUGCUCUAGAAACAUCUUAAAGGUCAGGGCAAAUUCAUUUUUCCAAAAUAAAAGAAUACUCUGAUGAUGAUUAUUAAUAAUCUGCAUUUUUUCAUAUCAAACUGAAAAACUGGUUUGUUAUUUAAUAAAUACUCACUGGGUUUUUGAUCAAAUUCUAUUUUUAAAACUUUUUUUGUGAAAUAAUGAACAGAGUUCCAAAAAUUCUUCAAACUAUCACAUUGCCAAAAGAAGUGCAUAAAUGUUCCUUCUUUAUGUUUACAUCUUGGGCAGUUUGGUGAGAUAUCUUUAGAUGUUUCAUGCAUCCUAGAUUUGUCUAGAUUUUAACCUUCUUUGUACAUUCAGGUGGGCCCAAGUCACAGAGGAGCUCAAGGAGGCUCUGCUGGAGCUCGAAGAGGAGAAGGAGAAGAGGAGACACAUCGAGGAGGAGAUGAACGAAAAAACCCACGAACAAGACAACCUGAAGAACAAACUGAGUGCCUUAAUGGGAGAAAAAGAGAAGAACGUGGUCGCGUUUACAGGAGAGGAAGCUGCUGAAACUUCCCUGCUGCUCCCUGAUAUUUCCUCAUCAGAAGAGACAGAGAAAUUGGUGGGGGGGAUUAAGAAUGAGCAGGAGAAGGAAGCCACACUCCUGUCUCAUCAGGCGCCGUCUCUGCAGGAGAUAAAGCAGGCGUCAGACUCUGCCAAACAGAAUGUGGAGCUUAAAGAUGACAACCAGCUGCAAACACUUCAGGUAUAACAGAAUAAUCUGUGGGUUUGUGUUAACAGCUUAAGGAGAAUGUAAACACUCUCGGCUCUGCACUGAAAUUUAGUUAAAAUUGUGCCAGACAGCAGCAGUAGCAAUGUCUGUGCUACAAAAAAUGAUAAAUGAGUUCAAUUAACAAAAAGCGAUGACUAAUUUUCUCCUUUUCUUUUCCUCAAGGCUCACUGUGAACUUCUGAAGUCGGAGUUGAGUCAAAUGACGACGGAUCGGGAUAAAACGCACAAGAAACUCGAAUCAACUCAUGAACAAAUUCUUGAGAUUGAGUCAGAGGUGGACAGAUUACAAGGAGAGCUGAUGCAAAGACAGAGAAGUCUAGAGAGAGCUGAAAAAGCGAGGAAGGAACUCGAAUCUCAGAUCUCUUGUUUGAGACAAGACCUGGCUAACCAGGAGGAGGCCAAAACCCAGGCAGUGCAGGAGAGGGAGGAGCAGAGGAGAAAAAAGGAGGAGAUGGAGGAACAAGUCAGACAAAUGGAACAAGUCUUAGAGGAGGAACUGGAACAGUUUGAGAACCUGCUAAAAGACAAGGAUGAUGAGGUGAGGUAUUGAGAAUAAUCACUUUUUAUUUAUUUUUUUUCAAUUUAAUUCUAACCUGAACAUGAUUAUUUAUAAUCUGUUUUAGUUGGCUGUCGAGAGGGAGAAGUGGGAAGACGAGAGGCAGGAGAAGGACAAGGAUCUUCACAGUAUGAGGCGUCUUCUGGAAGAACAGAGAAGGGAGAGGGAGGAGGAGGUGAAGGCGCUCCUUGAGAAGCAGGCCAUGGUGGUUGAGGAAUCUACGGAAAGGCUCAAAACAUCUCACCAACAGGAGAUCAAAGACUUGAUGGAGAAACAUCAAAAAGAGGUGCGAGAAACUACAACUAAACUGCGUGUAGACUUUAUUAUUAUUUUAUGGUGGCAUUCAUAUUGUGAAAAUAUAAUAUAAUGUGAAUUAUGUAGCGUUUACCUAUGCUGCUUACUUCUUGUAUAAUGUAAAAUGAUGCAUAUUUAAAAAGUCACGAGUUGCUUUGCCCAAUUUCCCAGAUUUCUAAGUUGAACUCUCACCUGGAGUCAGAACUGUUGAAGCAGCAGGAAGAACAGAAGAAGCAGAUCAGCUUCAUCAAACAGGUAUCAGAGAAUAUUCCACCUUUAAUCCAUCAUCCUGCUCUAUUUGUUCAUUUUUAUUUUAAUCCUAUUUCUUCUUCUCAUGUGUCCCAUUUUCUGAUUGUUUUUUUUCCCCUCUAGGUGACUGAACGUGAGCACGAGAGGAUGAUCUCAGAGCUGUCAGCCGAACACGGUGAGGAACUCAACCAGCUGAGGACAGAACUGUCCGUGGAGCUAAGGGAGAGCCUGGAGGCUGCCCACCAGGCUGAACUGCAGCAGGCUCAGGUAUUCUAGAUAUAUUUGCUGCAUGUGUUUUGACAUCUUCAUUACUUAUGCAGGCCUUCUCUUCCUGUCUUCCUCCAUUUCUAAGUUACAGGAAUUAUAUCAAAUCUUAAAACCUAAGACAGCUGUUUUGUUACUUGAGGGAUAUUAAGUUUGAUGCUAUUUUUCACUUGAUAUAAAUAAAAAUAAACUGGAGGUAACAGUGUGAGUUUAAAGUCUAAAUGUAUCACACAACCCUCCAUGCAGGAAAAGCUCCCCCUCUGACAUACUUUCAUUUCCUGUAGAUCCAAAAGAAAGCUGAACUCGAAGCCUUGCGUCUGAGCCUGACCAGCGCCCACACGUCCCAGCUGGAGCACUCCCAGUUGAACUUUCAGCAGGAACAGGAGUCUGCGCUCACCAAAGCCCAGGCUUCUCUGAGGGACACUUUUACACAGGAAAGUACUCUCCUGCAGGCCUGGCAUCAGCUGGACUUGGACCAGCUCAGACAACAGAACCAGCAGGAGCAGGAGAGGCUGCGUGAGCUGCACCGACAAAGCAUGAGUAAGUGUGUGGAUGAGACACGAGAGGGGCUUUCAAACUAUUCAGACCGUGUUCUUUUUCAUGUUUGCUUACAGGUGCAUUCAACCUGCGUGCUAUUAUGAAUAUGGCUGAGUCACCCUCAUUCUUUCAAGGCUUGUUCAGGACGAAGUAGAGCACAGGCGCAGCUGUAACCUUCACAUUAUUUGAUAUGGGCGAGCCUUUUAUUUGUUUGGUUGUUUAAACUUUUAUUUGCACAGAUGAGCUGAAGCAGCAGUGGGAGAGGACGAUGGCUCAGGAGAGAGCUGCAGUGGAAGAAAGGCAGGCCAAAGAAAUGAAGGUGAAGCUUGUUCAUGUCUUCUUGUAUAAAACUGUGUCAGAUCACUGCACUUCUGAUUUUGGAAAGGCCUUUAAGUGCUCAUCUCGGUAGUUACACCUUGUUAAAUAAUGAAAUCUGCAUUCCAGCUCAUGUUAGUCUCGUCUUUCUCCCAGGAUGCCGAGAGCACCCAAUCCAAACUCCUCUCAGAGAGUCAGAACAGCCUUACCGCAACCCAGACAGAACUCGCUAACACCCAGACGUCCCUCACCCGGACCAACAAAGCUCUCAGCGAAGCUCAGGCUGCUCUGUCACAGACACAGUCGGAGCUGCAGGAGACAACAGCCCAGCUCGAGGAACUCAAGACCUCCAGCAAAGAGCAGAAGCAGAAACUGGAGGAGGAGCUGAAACAAUCCUGGGCAGACAGAGACGCUGCUGCCCGUGAGUUGUCAAUCUGCUGAUCUGAUUAGAGCUUUAUAUGAAUUGAAUAAAAGUCUGGGUGUAUUUAUAUUUUGCGUUCCAGUUUACUUAAAUUGUCAGUAUCUUAAAUGUUACCCAGGUGCUCUGGAGGAGUUGGUUUCCAGUCACAAGACAGUGCUGCAGGAGAAAGAGCAGCAAGCACUCCACCUACAGGAGCAGGAGCACCAACUGCAGAAAGAGGUGAUCCAGAAGUGUUCAUAUGUAGCUGUGUUAUACUCAUGUCUAAUUUUAGUACACUGGCCCUCUUAUUCAUAAAUAGCAUUUAAUAAAUUCAGUAAAUGUUUGCCUUAUCCGAUCAUUUUAGAUAUUUAACUUGUUAAGAGAGCUCCAGAGUAUCAAACAGGAGGAAUAUGAAAGUCCGAGUUACAGUAAGUUUCAUUCUUACUCUCUGUGAACCAGGUUUUGCGCCUGCAGGAGGAGAAGACCUUAUUAAAACAGAGCUCAGAAGAAGAAGUAGGUCAACUGUGGAGCCAGCUGGAGAGUAUGAGGACAAGUCGCCAAGAGCUGGGAGGUGAGCUUGUUAAACCAGCCUGACAUGUGCUUGACAGAGCUGUAUUUUAAUCAACUGCUUUCAUUCAAAAACAAAAAAAAAACGCACAACAACCACACUCAAGACCUCUCAAGUGAAAGCUGUAAGAAACACACACGAGCCUGCACUUUCGUUUUCUGUCUUCUCAACACGCCUCGUGUUUUUGUGUUCUUGCUUUUUGUUUUACAGAGCUGAAGGAGCAGCUGCGCGCUCGCUCGUCUCGUGUCGAUGACAUUGAGUGCCUGAAGUCGGAGUUUAACGAUCAAAAGCGGGAAAUAAAGGAGCAGAAUGAGGCUGAGCUGGAAAGCUUGAGGAGGUAUGAGAAAAGCAGGAACACACACUCACAAACACACACACACAUACUGCAAGAAUUGAUUCGUGUUUUACCCUCAAAAGACUCGCCUUAAGUUAUUUUCAAUGUUUUCCGAGGGUAAAAAUCUCUGUCCUUCAAUCCCCAAAUGUAGUUAGCACAGUAUGAGCUGCAUUUCUCAAAGUCACAAAUUAAACUUCAUCCCUCCUUCAGGUACUUCGAGCAACGGUUGCAGGUGACAGAGGAGAGCUACAGAGAGGAAAUCGCUCUGCUCCAGCUGAGGCUAGUGGAAGGUGCCAUGGAGGAAUCUGUACUAACCAGGUUUGUUUGGAGAAUUUCAUAUAAGAUCAGAUACAGUAUAUCCCCAGUACGCUUGCAUGGUUUAGUCAACAUCUGUCUUUAUGUUUUAGUUCCAUAUCUCACAGCAAAAUGGUCGAGGAAAAGUACCACGUGCUUCCUGAUGCUGACCUCAACCUGGAGAAACAAAAGGUGUGUUUAUACUUUAAAAGGAUUUAUAGGAGUUUAUUGUUUUGAUUUCACGGUCACAAAAUUCACUCUGCAUCAUAUCGUGUCUCGUUCAUCAGGAAAUGCUCGACAGUUUGCAACUUGAACUGGAGGAGAAACACUCACUGGAGCUUUCAGAUCUUCAAACGUCCAUGACUCUUUCGUUCAAGGAGGAACUGCAGCAGGUCAGAUGAAGACUCUGAUUUUAAAACCAUUUCAAGAGGUUUACAGUGUAGAUUUUAAUGGCUCUCGUAGUUAUUACUGAGUAAAUUAUUGUAAAGUGGAUUUGAAUGUCACAUUCAAUGAGUCAAAGAAAAUGUAAAGAUUUGUAGCCGUAUGACUAUGAAAGGAUAAAUUCUGGCAGAGAAAUCACCGCCAACUCACUCACUCACUUGUUUAAUGUAAUUGUUUGUAUCUCAGGUGCGCUCAGACCUCACUGACUUCUACUACGAGGAGCUGCAGGAGAUAAAAACUCGUCAUGCUCUGGAGCUGGAGCAGCUCAGAGCCAAACUCUCUGACCGCCACUUGCAAGGUUUCUUACACACCAAAUACACGGUUUAAACUGAAAUGUACGUAUGAUAAGUUUUAAAAUUUCCUCUGUUUCUUUUCCAGAACUGACCCAAGUUCAUGCUGAUGGAGCAAGACAGGUUGAGGUGAGAGAAAACGGAUUGUAAGAUUAUUUGAUUGGAAUACUUUGUGGUUUUGUGAGUUAUUUAUGGUGUUGUUUCGAUCAGGUGGAGGUCGAACAGAGGACGUGGUGUCACACAGAGGAGCUACAAGCAAGCAUGACCAUCAUCCACAACCUGGAGAGCAGACUGGCUGCCCUGAAGUCAGACCAUGAUGGAGAAAUGGAGAAAGAGAGGACCAGCUUUGAAAAAGCACUUCAUGAAGAGAGAGAGAAGUUGAGGUCUCUACAGGGAGCGCUGGACAACGAUGAGAGUAAGACAGCUGCUGGUUAUCAGGAUUCCUGUCAUGAGAUUUGAAAUAGAUAACAUAAUGUGUUUGUCUCUUAGGUCCACAGAUCCUGGUAGUGAGGCAGAGACUUGAAGCCCAGUAUGAAAGUGAGCUGCAGCAGGUGAAGAGCCAAAUGACAGCAGACAUUAAGGAGGUCACUGCUCUCCUACAGGAACAGGGCGAGGAGCGAUUACAACAGGCCCAUGACAGGUGAGCUCUCCAUCAAGGUCUUCUCUGUAACUGACUGAGACAAGAGUAUUGCCUUUGUAAUACCCACAGUGCACCUGUGCUGAGUUUACCGAGACACCAGCUGCUAUUUGGGUAAUAAAAAAUAUUUCUGAUUUCUGAUUUCACUUUUAAAAAAUGGUGUUGUAUAUAUUUCUAGGAGAAAAAAAUCUAGGAGAUUGGUACACGUCUUUUUUUCUUAAACAAUUUAAUUUACUUGAAUCUUUUGCCAAUAAAAGGGACACUUUUAUGUUGAAUAAAUAUGUUGAAUUUACCUUUUUUGAGGAUUUUUGCCUGGUUGGUCACAAUUUUACUACAAGUUGUACGAUGCUAUGGUCAAAGUUGUUUCUCUGCAUGUUUUGGGUUACAUGAUGAUAGGAUGUAGCAGUCAGUGAUUCUUUUUUGUUGUUGUUUAUUUUUUCUGCAUUUAGCCUUUUUUUUGGUGAGACAGUGUAGAGAGUCAGGGAAUAUCGGAAAGGAAAAGUGGGAGUAACAAAGAGCCACUGCAGAGGAGUAUAACUUCUGUCAACAUGAGUCAAACUAGCAUCUCUUGUUAAGACUACUCUUACACACUGAGAACUGCUUUUGCUUCCAGUUCUUUUGUUUUUAUAACUUUUAUUUAUGAGAGGCAAGUAUACUGGUCCACUUCAGAGAGGUACAAGUUAUUUCCUUUUUAACUUUGAACAUAAAUGAACCAAGAACACCCUUCCUCCCCCCAGCCCCCAAAUCUCCCAUUCGGACAGAUGACAUUUAGAAAAUAGACAAUACACUGACAAAACAGACAGUAAAUAAAAUAUAAAUAAAUGUACAUAUAUAUUCGUACAUACAUACACAUAUCAGAUAGUAAACAUGACAAUAACAACAGUGAUUAAAAUAAAUACAUGGAUCAAUAAUUUCAAAAAGAAGAAAGAAAGAGAAUAUUAAUAAAAAUAAUUAAAAUAAAUAAAUUAAACUUAAUUAAAAACUAAAAUAAAUUAAAACUAAAUAAAAAAAAUAAUGAUUAUGAUAAUAAAGUUAAAAAUUGAAAAUUCUUCUGCUUGUCUCUUGGAUUCCAUGAAGCUUGAGCUAUCAUGGCAAAUAUAGUUUAGCGGGUAGUUACCUCCUGGCGGACGGGCACAUUACGACGGAUGCCACCCCAAUCAUAGAAAAAUACUUAUAGAGAGAUUACUUGUGCUGGUAAUCUAUCUAGAUACUCCAACAGUGGUUUCCAAUGUUUGUAAAACCUAGCAGUUGAGUGACAACUUAAUUUUUUCUAGUUUUAAAAGACCUAAAGUGUCAUGCCACCAGAUUUUGAUAGACAGAGGUUUAGGAGAUUUCCAUAAGAGUAAGAUUCGCUUACGAGCAACGAGAGAGGAGAACGCAAUAAUGUUAUUUUGAAUGACAGAGGUGUGAAGAUCCUCUGGUGGGUUACCAAAACUGCUUCCAGUUCUGUUAAAUAAAAAGACAACAGGAUGAGGUCGCCCAUCUGCCUGUUGAACUGUGCACAAAUCCCUUUGCUCCAUUUACACACACUGAUUUUUACAUGCACAUUACAGUAGUAAAAUGAGCUCUAGUUUUGUACUGAAAAGCCUCAAAAAUCCUGCAUUUGUUUGAGUUUGGAUUACUUUUCUUGUCUGUGUUUAGGUUCCAAGAGGAAAAAGCAUCAUUGGAGCAGCGUUUGAGCCAAAGAUAUGAAAUCUCUCUGGCAGAGCUGACGAACAGACAUCAAACUGAGCUGCAGAACGAGAGGGAAACAUUGCUGAACAAACACUCCCAAGAGAUGGACUCACUCAGUGCCAAACACAAAGCACAACUAGACUCACUCAGUGCCAGUCACAAAGGUCAGCUUGAAGCUCUGACUGUUGAGCUUGGAUCCAAACACAACGCUGAGCUUGUUGCCUUGGAGGAGGCUCUCAGUUUGAAACUAAAGGCAGAACUUGGAAGUCUAGAGACCGAAUUGAAAGAGACCAACCAGGCUCAGCUGGAAGCUUUGGAGGCCGAGUUAGUUCGCAAACACCAGGAUGAGAGGGAUGAACUGGAAAAGAGGAUGCUGGGUAAUAUGGACACUUUGGAGGCAACGUACCUGAAGGAAGUGCAAGUAAGGACACAAAGACACAGUACUACUUUUAUUAUGUUUUCAUCCACAAUCACUUUUGAAUGUUAUUAUUAUUUUAAUGUCAGACAUUACAUGAUGAAAUGGCGCAACUCAAAGACCGCCAUCAUCAGGACCUGAACCACCGAAGGUCAGAACAGAGGCAGCUGAUGGAGCGCCACGCUGCAGAGCAGCUGUCCAUCAGGGAGGAGCUGAGGAAGGAGCUGGCUCAGGUGCACAUGGAGAAGUUUAGUGCCAUGGCAGCUGAGCUCAGCCAUGUCCACACGGUGAGCACAGAAGAUGCCCAGUAGUCCCCCAUGUAAACAGAAUCAGCACUUAUGUUUUUCAGAACUGUUAUGAUUGUGUGUCAAACUUUGUUUUACAGACUGAGCUGGCUGCUCAGAAAGAGGCCUUAGAUACUGAGCACUGCAAAGCCCUAGAAACCCUAAAGAAGCAGGUACUUAGAAUUUACUUUAUUUAUUUACUUUGUUUGUUCAACGUGGCUAAACAGGGGAUUACAGAGUCUGUGGAUUAACAAUGUCAAAUGGUUUGCCAUAUGUGUCUGUCACCUCAAACUCGCACUACCAGCCUUCAGUCCUCCAUAAAGUUAAUGACCACAUGCCUGUGUCGUUAAAGCAUCGCCCGGUCGAAUGCUAAUCUGCCAGUUAACCCUGACACCACCCAACUGCAACAUUUUCAACAUCAAAACACGCAACAAGAUGCCAUCUGUUUGUUUACAUUGUUGAUAUCUGAGUGGAGCAGUGGAGCAUCAUGGCAGUAGCACUAGGGAUGGGAAUUGAUAAGAUUUUAUCGAUAUUGAUGCCUUUGUCGAUUGUGCUUAUCGAUUCAGUUCUUUAACGAUUCCCUUAUCAAUGCCUGUCUUUGAUUUAAAAAUAGACUAUAGGUUUUCACCAUUAACCCCAAAUUUUAUUAGGUCUGUGAUGACAGAAAAAGAUGUUUGCCACCUUCAGUGAGAGUCUAAAAAUAGUCAAACGACAAACAAUUUGUACAGCAUUUACUUCGGUCGGUACCAAGUCAAAUUAUGGUGACCAUAUUCUCAAUCCCCUAAAAGAGGACACUACUUCGCAGAGUCUCGUGCAAAAUUUUUGAGUGUUUUUUAUGCGCUAUUACCUCAGUUAGUCCAUGGUACACAAACUCAAAACUUCGAUACAAAACCCGUUGUCGACUUUCUUAGUAAAAUGAAGCCACAUCUUAGGUCGUUUCUGCCUACUUUUUGUACCAUUCGCCAUGUUUUUGUCCUCAAAGUCGCUGUUUUCGUUCACGUAGACUUGCUUGUUCUUGUUCUCAACAAGAACCGGUCCUCGAUUCCCAUCCCUAGCACCAACUAGUGGUGGAUGGCUGCGCUACAUCUUAGACGCAACAUGUAACUUUUGGGAAUAUUAGUAAUUUAGGUAAUGAAGCAGUAAUUUCACUGCACAUCCCCAGAAGACGCUCAUACAGACAGACCAGACGCGUGUUUGUUAGAGGAGCCUUUCAUUUCAAUAUUGUGACAUGCAAUGAUCAAUAUGUGUUUUAAAAAAGCAUAAAUUAUAGAUACAAUUUUGAUGACUUUUUACUGCUGCCUUGCCCAGUUUGAUGUUUUUUUUUAAUGAUCAAAGAGUUAUUCAUCUUUUCAUCAAUUUGCAGGUUUUAGAGCUGGAAAAACAACACGGCGCUGCUCUUCAGGAGCUCUCAAAUACCUACUCCAGUGAGAAAAAGCAACUCAUCGAGCAGCAUCAAUUCCAGCUACAGGUGUGUGUGUGUGUGAAUUUCCGUCUCCUACAUGGUGAUUUAACAUCCAAAGCUCUGCCUGCUGAGUUGUUUUUAAUGCCUGUCGGUUGAGUUUUUGUCUUUGUGGGUCUUACACCCCAUUAGGGAGAGGAUUACACAGAGUUAUUGUUCAUCCUUUAUAAUGGUCGACUUGUGCAUAGAGGCAAAGAACAUUUAUGUGGAUUCGUUCUGAGAAGCCCUCCGCAUGUGAGCAUUUGACAAACUAGAUGUUGUAGUAUUAAUCCAAACACACGACACGUGUUCGCUGUAGGAGCUGAGGAGCGCCUCUGCACGAGAAUCUGAGGCAUGCCGCAGGGAGCUGGAAGAGGAGUCGUCAAGGCAACGGCAGCACUUCCUAGAAGAGGUGGAGCUCAUAAAAGUCCAAUCAGAUGAGAGGCUGCAGGAGCGGAUUAAUCAAGUGAAGGUAGAGGGGAGAUGAGGAGAAAGAUGGCCACAGGGGAAGCUUCAAGGCUCCUUUUAGGGGAACAUUUUAACCUUUGUGUCUGCCAUGUUUCCAUCAAAUCAUCAUUUAAUAUGUUAGAAACGUCAUUGUCAUCUUUCUCUAAUUAUUCAAAGUUCAAUAUUUAUGUGAGAGCCUGUUUAAAAACACAUUAUGUAAUAGCUCUGGAUUAUGGAAAGCUGUGUGUGUGUGUGUGUGUGUGUGUGUGUGUGUGUGUGUGUGUGUGUGUGUGUGUGUGUGUGUGUGUGUGUGUGUGUGUGUGUGUGUGUGUGUGUGUCUGUGUGUCUGUGUGUCUGUGUGUGUAUGUAUUUGUUUCGACAUUGGCUGCUCUAAGCUCCAGCUGCACCAGUUCAGACUCAGGGACAAUUCUUCCUGUUGGACUCUUUCCCACUGGAGCUUUAUUCAAACCCAGUGUCCACAUAAUCCCACCAUCAUAUAUGUAGAAGUGUUGGGUGCAUCUGUCUCUCUGUUCCCUGACUCUGCAGGGUUGUGUGCAUGUGUUGGUGUUUUUGCAAUCUCAACAGUGGCUAAAUGGAUGGAUCUAAGCUUUUUAUCCUCUAAUGCAGAAGAUUUGGAGGCUGACUGUACUUUUUUUUUUUUUUUUUUUUAAACCAGACAUUUCACCCAUAAGCCAGUGAGACAUGACUAGAGAUUUCUUUAGCUGUGGCGCUACCAAACCUUCACUUCACAGCGGCUUUUUAAGAUGAUGAUCUGUGUCUUUUUCUUGAUUUUUCAACAUCACUGUUUCCCCCAAAGACGGAGUCUGAGGAGAAGAAGCAGGCGGAGCUUGAGGACCUGAGGCGGAGCUUCACAUCUGAACAGGAGGAGAAGGAGCGGAGCUACACUGGCAAAAUGAGUCAGCUCACUGCCCAACUGCAGCAGCUGGAUGCCGUGGUGGCCCAGGUACUGCGCACUCACACGGUCCCUAUCCAGCCUUUUACCAUUUUGUCUGUUUUUGCUUCAAAUGGAAAGCUUGAUUAAGGGGACACCUGCAGCUUCACUUUUGAAGUGGGAACACUAGACGGGCAGGAGAUUUAAUUUGUUGCAUGAUUAGAGUUGAGGCACAAAGUAGGAGCCAAUGAGAAACUACUGACCAAUUAGAAACGAGAAAGAGAGAGAAGGGAAAAACAUUCCUGCUAAGUCACCCUCUGCCUUUAACAUCUUAUUUUGGAGAUCACCUGAUCAAUCAAUCACUGCAGACAUCUGCUGAGUUUGUGUGUCCAAGUAGAGUGGAUCAUGCACUUACGCAGGAGAACCAGAACAAUGAGCUGAUUAAUCAAGUGGCGAAUCGCUUGAAGAUUAGUCUGAAAUCUUUGAGGUAAUUGGAUAAUCCUAUUAGAAAUUGCUUGAGAAAAGCUCCCUGCGCACUUAUUGCGGGGAUUUUCCACUGAUUUCUUUCGGUCACUGCAAUUACUUUUACAUCAUAACAGAACUUACAUGAAUCACUAACCUGUAACUAUUUUAGAUGUGAUAUGCUGCUGACGGGGAAAGCUGUUGUUCUCUUGGGGGACGUUGAUAUUACUCAACAGCAGCUACACUGAAGAGGCUGCCUGCAGUGUCUGCAGACAUAAUCUGUUCAUUUAUUCAAUUGGCCUUGCGAGCAUAGGGUUUAUGCCACUAAUCAGACCGAUGACCUGCCGAGACCAAUUCUUGAGUCUUUCUCUAAUCUUACAUAUUUGAAGAUUAAUUAUAAUUCAGUAAGAUCGGAUCACUUCAUGUUAAAUUUUCCAGACCGGGACCUUUGUGGUUGCCUACGUAACCCUGAUAAUCAUAUAAAAAUAGAUGAGCUGGAACUCUUGAAAUGAAAACAUGUUGAAAUCCUUUUUAUGGAAAAAAAAUCUGAAAACAAAGGGAAACUUUUUGUGUAUUCAUAUAUCAUAAUAUUCGAUCAGUUUGGUUAGAUUCACUUGAGACGACAUUUUCUGGUGAUGGCUUUUGUUGAGAUGUAAAGCAGCGGUCAGAAUGUUAAUCAUUUACCACCCUCCUUCUGUGCUUGCUUAAAUUUCUGUCUUCUGAAACAUAUUUUUGACAACAUAUGAAUCCUCUAUGAAAGAGUUGUUUCAGAAGUUUCACUCUCUUCCUAGAACCCAAACAUUUAAGAUUGAUAAUAUAUUGCCAUUAAUCAUCAUGACCAUCAUGGCCUUACAUAUUCAAAUAUUUGUUUCCAUGGCACCUUCCCGGCUUGCCUGGCAUGGUUAGAUAUUAAAACACACACUUGUACACUCCCCCCUCCGUGAGGUCUGCGGAGAGAGGCUUAAGAGUGGUUGGGAGGGUGCUGUUGUCAAGGCAACAGCAUUGUUUGGUCGGGGCAGGUGGCUGCUCGAGACAUGUUUGAUGUGAGAGAGCGGGAGGGAGAGCGGAAAGAGAGGGAAGUAAGCCGUAGUGAACGGACAGAAAGAGAGGGAGAGAGGGAGAGAGACGAGGCUGAGGUACCAGAGGUGAGUAAAACUAAUUCAGGCCUCGAAGAAAACUCUGAAAGUCUCUUCUGAGAGGAAGCGCAGCUGUGAAGUCAGAAGUUCGCUCGCUUUAAUCCCACUCUGGCUUGGAAAUGAACAGUGGUACUUCUGCCAAGGAUGCUUGAAGAUUACAGUCAGUUUGUGUGUCUUUUUGCUUACGUAGAAAUGCAUUUUCUACGCAUGUUUAGAUGGAUGCUUUGGUUGUCUAUGGAUGAGGUUGAUUCCCUCAUGAUCAACAUCUGGCAUGAUUGACUUUUUGAUGCAGAACCUGCCAUCUGCUUUUGUCACACUCCUGGCAGUGUUACGAUGUUGAUGGCCAUGUGACUUUUUUUAUUUAAAACAUCAUUCUGAUCACAGUCAUGGCCGCAGGCUUUAUGCUGUCUCAGCAUCUGUCCUGAAAUCCGAUAUCUAAUAGAGGAAAUAUGCUGAUUAUGGCUCCAAUAUUCCCAUUUUUGACCAUAACUUCAGAUGCACACACACUGAACCACUUUUUUACACCUACAUUUAUAAUCCUGGAAAAAAAAACUCCGAAAUUUUUCUAAAAUUUAAAUUCUUGGCUGAACUACACAACUGAGAGGCACUGAUUCAUGUUCAUCCAGACCUUCAUGAUGCUUUUCAACAAAAACAACAAGCUUGUAUUUGACUUUUUUUCCCCCUUUUUUGUUUUUUUCAUCUCCUGAAUUUCAGAGGGGUAGUUAAUACGCUUGUUUUAAUUUGACAUUCCCGUGUCUUAUUUGCCCAGUUGAGAGCGGAGGUCGGCUGUCUUCAGGGAGAGUUGGAAGGGAAGCGAGCAGAGAUGGACACGUUAGGCACUCUCCUCCAACGAAGAGAGCGGGAGAGUCAGGAGGGCGGGAAUCUCCUGAAGAUGCUCACCGACGACCUGCAGACUUCCAAAGAGGAAAGGUAAAGGCUGUACUGCAUUGGUGUGAAUACAAGCUAAGUAAAGCUUGUGCAUUAAGAGAGAGCUUUAAAUACUGUCAGUUUGUGUUCUCUGAAGACCAGGUGACAAAGCGAAGGAAGCCUGAUUAUUUCUAAAUUAUUUUUUGCCAUUGGGCUGUUUCUGGGGAAGCAAUUUAUAGCGCACUCAGCAGAAGUGUCAUUCUUCGCCGUUGCUGCAGAAGAUUCACACAAUAUGAUAUUUUUGAUGAUAUGUUUGAGGGACAGAAGGAGGAUUUUUGGUGACAGAAUAUUACCUACACAUGCACAGGGAAAGCAAAGGCGCACUUGUUACAUGUCUGAUGCUUCACUCCUGUUUUCCAAAGGUGUAACCUCCUUCAGGCCAACGAAAAGCUGAGAAAAGUGCUGAUCGAGAUGAUUCGCCAUACAGUCGCUACAGAGGAAUUGAUCGGACAGAAGAUCGGCGGCAGAACCAAAACAUCUGAGCAGGCGGCUCAUCGGAGGAACUCGGCCUCAAACAAAGAUGCACAAGAAUCAGGUCUGUGGAUGUCUGAUGUAUGUAAUAUGAUUUUAGGUUGCAGCACAGUCCAGACAAACGGUUCUUAAGAUGUUGGAUUUAAAUAUGUGCAUAUUUGCUUAGUGGUCUUUUUUAUGUAUUUUAGUUACAGACUUCUCUGCAGAUGAACUGGAGCUGACACAUCAGCUCUGCGAGAGUCUGCUGGUCUCAGACACUCAGAUCAAUCCUGGGGGAGAAGAAGCCGCUCUGAAUGCCUGCAACAGACUGCGUCACACUGUUGACACACUACUGGAGCUGCUCAACCAGGCCAACACACAGGUAGAGGAGCAUACCUCCACACCCACCGUUUCCUCAACCAUCAAUACAAAUCUUAUUAAUAUUAUUAUUUCUCACUUUCUUGAUAGCUGGAGCAGACUCAUCAUGUCCAUCUUUCUCUGGAGGAAAAGUUCUCCAAGGGCAGAGAGGACUCCGCUCAGCUCAUUGAGCAGCACAAGCUCCUGUUGGAGCAGCUCGAUCAGGAGGCCAAGAUGAAGAGUCACCUCCAGCUGGAACUCCACAAAGCUGAGGGUGAGUGUCGUAUCAUCCCUGACUCAUCCUCUCAAGACUGACCCCACUAUGAAUGAACCCUCUGAUUAACACGGCUCCUUUGAGAACAUGAUAACUGUUUUUUUCCCCUCUAACAUAAAUUCUCUGGCUGUGAAUGAUGUGUUCAGGGCUUCUGGAGGGCUACGUGGCUGAAAAAGCAAUCCUCGAGGAGUCCUUGCAGCAUAAGGAGGCUCAGGAGGAAAGACUGGUGGAGGAGCUAGAGGACCUGAAGAUGAAGCUGCACCUGCUUCAGGGUCUCCCUGUGGAGCUGGACGGCCUCAGACUGAAGCAUCAGGAGCUCAGUGAAGAACACACACUACUCCUGCGCCAGAAAGAGCAUCUUUCUGCGGGACUUGGGGAGAGGGAGAAAGGUAAGCACAGCGCGCACAAAUUUGUGUGUCUCUCUGCGUAAAAUGUUACAUGACCGGUUAAGUGCGCUCGACCGCACACUUACAUAAUGUCUGUGCUCAGAUGUGUCUUUUCUCCGUAGGCCAUUGGCUCAUUUUAGAUCCUGGGAAAGGUUUGUGGGUCAGAGUGGAGUAUGAGUGUGUGGUGAGGGGUUGGGGAUGAAUAUGCACUUUAUUUGCGGUGCUGUGUGAGGUUGCUGUUUGUAAUCCUGCAAUUGGCAUUCGCUGGUUGCAGAGACGUGGAGUGCUGUGUCAAUUUUCAUCUUAAACACUUGUUUGUCUAUUCAGCGUCUUCUCUGUAGGAGAGGCACAUCAUGUGUAAUAACUCCAUAUAUAUCACUUGUCUCGUGUGUAAUCUUCUCUUUGUGUUUUCAAACUGAAACAGUCACAUUAAGAUUUCUUUUUUUUUAUUUUUGUAUCUCUAGCUCUUCUUGCAGAGACGGAGCGCUUGGCCCAGGAUCGGCUGGAUUUGCAGCGGCAGGCAGAGAAGGACCGCACUUCUCUGUCGCUGCGCCUCAGGGCCCUGGAGAGAGAGCUAGAAGAGCAGGAGACGAAGGGCCUGGAGACGGAGCAGCACCACAAGACUCACACUGAAGACCUUCACCAGCGAGUCCAAGCCCUCGAAAAACAGCUGAAACAUGACCGCCAGUUUAUCGAGGUGAGUUUUGAACGAAUAAAAACCACCAGAAAAAUUAAAACAUUUUAUUUAAAGAUAAAGUUUAGCUUUCUAUUUGUCUCUUUUAUUCACAGAUGAAAUCGCUGUAAUUGCCUCGUAAUUCCGUCUAUUUUUAAGGAUGUCAGAGACAGUUAUUUCACGCUGAUGCCUAAUGUGGUGGUCACACUCUUUCGCAUGGUUUGUUUCUGCACAUAUAGGAGCAGGCUGUGGAGCGUGAACAUGAGAGGGACGAGUUCCAGCAGGAGAUCCGAAGGCUGGAGGCCAAACUCAGACAGACAGGCGGCGUGGAUAACAAAGGACACAGGGUGAGACCCACAGAAGAUGCACUGCGUUUGUAGAGUGUGUGUGCUUCCUGACAUGUAUUUCUGAUGGGAUUUUUAACCAUUUAAAAACAGAUUUUGAUUGAAAAGGUUGAAGUGAUGAGUGCAUUGUUUGCCGAUAAGCCUGACUUUUGCCAUGUGUUUGUCCCUGUGCUGAAUGGAUUGCUGUAGUUUGAGGACUUGGUGCUCCAGGUAUGAAAUCUAACUAGCUUACUCUUCCUAGCUCCUCCGACUCUUGUGCAUGGUGUGCAUCGCUCAUUAUUGUUUCCGUGCAAUCAUCCAUAGAUUCAUUCUUCAUGCUGAUGUGCUUGUCUUCAUUUUUACAGUUGUUCCCAUUUCAUCGCCUGUUUUUAAUAUUCAUCCGCUUCUGUUUACACUUCAUUUGUCUUUGACCUCUGCAUCACUGCUCUCUGGCAUGGCUUAUAUUUUUACAUUUUUAUAUUUGGUAACGGUGGCUGCAGAUCCAGAAUGGCUUGUUUUUUCUCUUUAAAUCAUGUAGUUUUUCAUCUCAAAUCCCCGUUUGCUGUUUAGUACUCCUGAAACGUUUCUGUAAAUGUCUUUUUCUCUUAAUCUCUGUAGGUGGAGAGUCUGCAGGCCGUGAUCAAAGACAAGACAGAGGACCACGCAUCCCUACUUGCAGCCAAUCAGGAAGCCCAGCGAGACCUUGCAGAGCGCAACGAGGAGAUAGACAAGCUCGCCGGGCGAAUCAGAGAGCUCGAACAAGCCCUGCUAAGCAGCUCUGAGACCAACAGAUCCGUCAGUCACCUGGAACAAGAGCUCCACAGAUCAAAGUUGAAAGAACAAGAGCUGACGCAAGUACGAACACGCACAGUAAAACACUUUGAGUGGAUUCGAGGGUUUCUCGGUUCUUACGAAUGCGCUCACUUUUGUCAGUAUAAACAGGCUCUGGAGCAGCAGCAGCUGUCCAACAGGCUUCAGAUCUCCGCCCUUGAGUCCAAACUGGAUGAGACGAGACACUGUUACCAUGACAACACACGUGAGCCCACCAAGGAGUUGAGGGACGCCCUGGACACUGUUCAGCAGAGUCUGCAGAGCAAAGAGCAAGAGGUCUGUAGGAUUUGGACUGAAAAUGAUUUGGGCUUAUACCUGAUGGUUGUCAAAAUACUGUUGAGCACACUGCCACCUUUUGGCACAGAUGAAUAUUGUCCACCCACUACAGGAUACAGUUGACCCAAGAACUAGAGUGGAUUUACACUAAAUAAUGUUUGAUUUUCAGGUGGAGAUCCUGCUGGACCAGCUGGAGAACACGCAGAGCGCCUUGAGUAUCAAAGAGGUGGAACUGAAACACCUCACGCUACAGCUGGAGCUGCUGACCAAUCAAAACGCAGCUCAUGUGAAUGAGCUCCAAGAAGAGAUCGCUGCUUUGAAAGUAAGAGCGUUUUGUCUUUACGCCAAAUCUCUCGAGGAGCAGUUGAGGAAAAAUAUUGACAAAUGGAUUUGAGUCGAGAUUUUUUAAAAACUUGGAUCAGCAGAUGAUUUAAAAACAAAAAAACUACUCAAGACGACCCAUUGGCAUGCCUGUAACAAAUAAAACUGUUAUUUCUAGGCUCUAUGAAUUUCCACUCAUCUUUAAAGGGUCUUCAUCUUCCCUCUGUGAUUAUUCUGUUUGUUGCCUUGAAAACGACACAAAGAAAGGGGAAGAAAAAAAGGCCUGAAAUCAAUCAGAGUUUUCAUUUUAAAGUGAAAUGUACGACUCUGCCUGCAGGAAAAUGUGUCCGCCCUCACCAUCCUCAAGGAAGACAAAGAUGAGCAAAGCGACGAAGGUGAAACAGAAGAGGAGAAUCUCCCGUCUGCGUUACUUCAGGAGAAGAAUCUGGAGAUUGACCACCUCAACAAUGAGAUCCACAGACUGGAGCAGGAACUGGAGAGCACCAGAGACAACAAGGUAAGAAUGAGUUCAUAGAGGAUCCCUAAAGAGGGUGUGGACUUGAAGAGGCUGUAAUCAAAUAUUCAAUGGUUUUUAUCAUUCUUGUGUUUAAGGUCUUGGAGUCUGAGCUGGAGGAUCUGCGCUCACAGGUGGAGCACCUUCAGUCUGAGAUCGUGAGAGUGCGUGAGGACAAACAGGAGGAAGAGGAGCGUCUUCAUGAGGUCAUCAGCACUCUGCAGGCAGAACUCGCCACUUUAGGCCCAAACCUACACGAGGUCAGCGACUCUCAAGACGGAGACAGUAUCAAUCCCUCGCCAGCUCCCAGCCCAGAACCUCGUCACUACCCCGUCCAGGAGCAAGAGAAGAAAGGAGGACCGAGCAGCCUGAAGCAAGAGCUCAGUCUGACUCAUGCGAAAUCGUCCCGUCCUCUUCGGUCUCGCCUCAAAGCGCUUCAGAGUCAGCUGGAUAUCGCCGUGGCAGAAAAAGACGGACUGGAGCGACUGCUGCUCACUCAGGAGGAAGAGUACAGAGGGCACGGAGAGGAGUUCGGUAAGAGGCUGAAAGCGGAAAGAGAGAGGAGUGAUGAACUCAAAGGUCUCCUGAACACGAAGGAGGCAGAGCUGGAGGAACUCAGAGUCAAGAUGGAGGAGGAAAGAGAGAAAAGGAAACUGUCUGAAGAGGAGAGGAGCGGCUAUCAAAGUGAAGCCAAAGAGAAGAGCGCACUACAAGAGAAGAACACCCAGCUCAGCUCCCAGGUUUCAGAGCUCCAAAAGAAAGACCAGGAGAGCAACAGCGAGAUCACAGCUCUCAAAGCAAAGGAGCAGGAGAUGAAAAUGGAAACAGACGUCCUCCGAGAAUCCGGCCUCACCCUGGAGAAACAGGUCCAGGAGGUGCGAGCCGAGUUGCGGGACCUGGAGGAGCUGGUUGCCGAGGAGAGGGCGAAGGUUCUAACCCUGGAGACCGCGAAGGAAGAGCUGUGCGCGGAACGAGAGGCUCUCAGGAGGAGGGAGGGGACGCUUCAGGAGGAAAUUGAAAGGCUCAGACAGGAGGUGACCUCGAUGAGAGCCUGCGUCCAGAACCUGACACUGCAGCUCAAUGAGAGGGACAGCAGUCAAGAAGAGGCUCAGAAGGAGGUGUUGGUGAGUUUCGGCGAUGAGGUCGACGGCACAGUUUCAUGUAAAUGUGACCAAAACUGCAGCCGUGUUAUUGAUCAAUUAAAAUCAGGAACAUCUGAAAUAUCUGAGGCCAGAUUAUAAUAAUUAGUCUGCAAAAUAUUAAGUUUAAUGGACGUUAAAUUAUCUAAAACUUUUAUUGCAGCUCUUUAAAUGAUGGAAAAAGUGAAACAAAACCUCUUCUACAGCUUUUUCUUUGGUUUUUAUCUGGAGUUUGGAUUUUUCACCCAGCAAAGCACUCAGGCAAAUUUAGUUAACUUGCUUCAGCAGGCCCCCCCUGCGUAAAAGACAGGAAAUAACUUGCCGCUGUGUUUAUGCGGCUGCAGGCUGAGAUCACAUCUGGUUUAAGUUAACGGCUGCAACACGUCAUGACAGCGUCGUUCCUGAAACGGCAGAAUCUGAGCGACGCAGGGGAAGUUACGUUCAAAAGAGGAAGAAGGAAGAAAAUCUAUGUUGGCUGUUGUUUUUACAGAUCUGGUGCACUUUAGUUUUCAGAAACUUAACGUUCGAUCUGGAAAGGAUGUGGUAGGGGGGGGGGAGUUGUGGGUACUUUAAGGAAUGCAAGGAGGCUUUAAUCUGUCUGUUAGUGUGCUGCAUGUGUCUGCAGCUUUAACUGUUUUCUGAGUUUAUAUGCUUGUUCCAAUAGACUAAGAAUAGACCUGAAUGACUUAUGUGCAUGUGAGCUGCUGUCUAAAUCUGUUGUGUACUUUGCGUUAAAUGGAACAGCAGAUUUGUGUGUAUUUUUUAUAGUAAAAAACUGAGAUUUAUGAAUGCAGAGAAUGCAGAGCUUCUCUUCAACGGUGUGUUUCUUCAUGACAGACACACGCUGAGUCGACCCUGGCCAAAGCAGACGCUGCCUUGAGACAGAGGGAAGCCGAACUCGCCACACUGAGAGCCGAACAUCAAGCUCUGAGGGCAGAGCUGACCGCGGCGAAACAAGGACUGUGCUCCAGUACAGAGAGAGCUGAGAAACUGCAUGUGGAAGGACAGGUAGGAAUCUAGACAAACAAAAUAUAGAAGCUGAAGUCGAUCCGUCUUCUUUGCAGUGAACAGUGUUGACAGCUGUCUUGUCCUGUUACUACAUCUCUGUACACGUCAGACCAAAGACCGUGCCCUGAUCGAGUUGGAGACGGACAACGAGCGGCUCAAGGAGGAGCUCCGACGUCUGCAAGACGACUUGGCCGUGCAGGAAGAGGAACUGGCCUAUCAGCAGAGAGAACUCCAGCAGCUCAGGCAGAUCUAUCAGCAGCAGCUCACACCACCUCACCAAAAGGGAUUCUCACAGAAAGGUAAACAAAUGGUCACCGCUUUGAAUUAUUGUCCUACUGAGCAGCUUCAACCUUACCUUAUGAUCUCAGGGUUGAAACUGGACAAAACUUCAGCUUUUCCCAUCCAUUUAAGUCCUGCUACAAAAUAACAAAGCAGUUUAUAGUCUUUUUUUCCCCUGUUUUGAUUUUAAGUAGUCAGAUUAUUCAUUUUUACACGUUUAAGCCACACAUAUUAUGCAAAAUGUCAAAUCUUAGAAAGAAUCAGCUGCUUUUCUCUCUGUUUUUAUUGAUAAUUUAAUAUCUGUAGACUUUAGACUGCUGCCAGGACAAAGCAAGAGUCAUAUUGGGUUGUGGAAUAAAGAGUACUGUAAAAAUCUGUAGAAUAUUCCAGAGCAUCUUCACUCUUUGACAUGCGUAGUUUUAUUGUAAACAAAGAAAAGUCAGUGGAUAACAGAUGAACAUUUUCUUCACCCGUUAGACAUUUCUCACCGAGCGUUCGAGGAUGGUGUGAGCGUCUCCCGCGACGAAGUGUCCCUGAGCUCCCCAGAGGUUCUGAGGAGACUCGAGUGCUCGGAGGACAGAAUCCCUGAGCGGCUCCACGCCUCGGUUCUCGGCUCUCGUCUGUCCGAGCUCAGCGCUCUGAACAGCACGGGCCUGGAUUUCUCUCAGGUCAAGACCUCCCCCAGGGUCGUGAUGGAGCCUCCUCGCUCCAGGACUAUCACACCGGAGCCAACCACGAGCAACCAGAGCACUCACUCUCCAGGCUCCAUGUCAGACAACUACUCCAUGAUCGACUCUGUGGAUGCUGACAAAGUAAACAGUCGAACACCUGCAGACAUCUACAUUUGAAGGGGUUCUGAAAAAGCUUUGGGUGAAGAUGAAGUUGAAUAUUAGUUCCCAGUUAUAUAAUUUCUUUUUUUUUUUUUAAGGUGCGUGAGUUGGAAGGACUUGACCUUACAACACCUCCAUCUCUUCUUGGCUCCACCUCCUCCUUGUCAGCUCAAGAAUGGGCCAGUGAUGGAUACGGCAGCAGUAAGUGCCGGCACAUUUAUACUGAAAACCAACACGAGACGAAUGUAACAGAAGUUUUUCUGUCACCAAACAUACAGUUGAGGCCAAAAUUAUUAGCCCCCCUAUGAAAUUUGAAGUUUUUUUCCAAAAUGAUUUUUUUACACAGCUUUUCCAAACAUCCUAGUUUUAUUUUGGAUCCUUACAAUCCUUUGCACACAGAAACGAAAUUAUUUCACAAAAACCAAAAACUACCAGGGUCAAAAUUUCUUCCCCCCCCCCCUCUUUUCUUUCAGACGUGAGCUCAGAGUUGGGCGCGAGGCUGAGAGUGGAGCUGGAGCAGACCGAGCGGCUGGACGCUCAGUUUGUGGAGUAUCUCCGCUGCAGAGGAAUUAACCCCACAGUGAACACAGACAGCGCAGCAGGAAGUAUGAGCUACAGCGAUGACCUGCUGUCACCUGAGCUGCAGGUAGGUUCCACUCACAGGGUAUCAAAUCAGUUUCAACUUAUUUCAAUUUAAGUGAAACUCUUACUUAAAUCUUUCUCCACUCUUCCACAGGCUUUGUUGAAAAAAGUCUAUCAAGAAAGCUGCAGAAUCCUCACGUUAUCCCAGCGUCGGGGCACUUCCUCAUCCCAGCCUCACGGCAUGGACCUGAAAGCCUUCUCGUUGAGUGAGACUCAGCAUUAUCCUGAAGAAGGCUCCACUCCACUGCACCACCUGGACAAAUCCUCCUCCAACCCUCCAAUGAACUGGCAGCAGGAGAAGAGGGCGCUUCAGGAGACUGUGAUCGCUCUCAGGGAGCUGCUCUGUCGGAUGGCCCAGAGACACACACAAGUAUGUUGAAUAAUGAAAGGAAAUGUCAUCUUACUGUGUGAUUUUGCACCUGAAUGAAACCCAAAGGUAGAAACUUGCUGAUAACUUUUUCUUUCUCUGCCACAGUCUGACUUCAGGGGUGGUGACGAUGGCUGGCACAGAGAUCAGCUUCGAACUGAAGGACAGGUCGAAUACCAACUGAGGGUGGAUCUCGAUGACAGCCAGAAACUCCUGAAAUGUGCUCAUGACACUCAACAAGAGCUGAAGAACAAGAUACAGUCGCUGAGGUUUGUCACACACACUCCCAGUGAUCGUAGUUAACAAAUCAUGGACUGUAUAUAGAAUGGACGCCGUCUGCCUCCUCGCUGGGUGAAGCCACUCUGAGAACAGCACCCUCUAGUGACGGGCUGCAGUAUAGGUCAUAAAUCCCACCUCCGCCAGCAAAGCUUAUGGAGCUGUGGACGAACUUUAGAAAUUUAUGACACAGAACAUAAAUUUUUCUCCUUCCUGCUUGUGACUGUGUAAUAACCACACAUGAUGCAUAAUUUAUUAUAACUCUAAGUCUUCAUUUCUUUCUUUGGUCUUAAGUCUUGGUUGAACUUUGCUCUCUUCGCCGUACGUCUGUCAAACUCUAAACUUUUCUCCAAGCAUCGCAAAGAAAUGAGAGCAAAUUUCGAAUCUUUCCUCAGGCUGUCCGUUGAAGAGGGUGAGGAAGCUCUGAGGAGGGAGCAGAGCCGAGUGCAGGAGCUCCAGCAGCAACUGGAGCAGGAGAGAGCUCUGAGUCUUCGCAGGGACCGGCAAGAGGAAGAAAGGAGAGGGGUAAGAGGAUAGGUGUACACAACGAAAUGUAAUCAAUCUCAUUAAAAGCCUGUCUGCAAAUGAAAACCAAGUGCAACUUCUAAAAGUCGAGAGACACAAACUUUGGUGUUUGUACUGGAUUCUAAGCUUCAAGCAAGUCAGUGCUUUUCUUUUUGAAUUCUGAAAAGUGACCCUUCUCCUCUUUCUCCAGGCUGUCCAAAUAUCCUCUGAGCAGCAGAGGUCAGAGGUCAUGGCUCUGAAGGGUCAGGUGGAGCAAGAAAAGGUGGCCUGCAGCAACCUUAGACGGGAGCUCCAAAUCGAACAGUCCCGCAGCGUCCUGCUGGAGAAACGCCUCGAGGACACCCAGAAGGAGCUCGAAAAUGAACGUCAAAAUGCUGCACACCAGCAAGAGCUGAACUCGCAAGAAAAGACUCGUCUCGAACGCCUUUUUACCGAAGAAGAGUCUCGCCUCGCAGAAGUUCGCUCCAAGCUUGCAGACGCUCACAAAAAGCUGGAUGAAGAGAGAGGUCGCUACUCCAGACAGGUGGAGGAACUCAAUUGCAGACACCAGGCCGACGAAGCCAGAGACAGGCAGUUCAUCUCUGACCUGCGUGCCCAGCUCGAGCAGGAGCGGCGCCAGGGGGAGGAGCUGGCCGCUGCAACGGACAAGCUGAGAGCUGAGCUACUGCAGAGCAGGAGGAGAUGGGAAGAGGAGGACAAACUGAGGAGGGAGGAGCUGCAGAAGGAGCAGGAGGCCGCGAUCAGACAUCGCGUCGCCGUGGAUGCCUUGAGAGAACAGAAACAGGGAGCGUGUCGUGCUUUGGAGAAGGAGCAGGAGCAGACCAGACGUCAAGGGGCGGAGCUGAACGAGCUGAAGGAGAGACUGCGCCUAGUGAAGGACAAAGAGAGGGAGAGGGAGGAGGAGUGGGAGAGAGAGAGGAGAAAGGAGAGGCAGGAGCAGAUGGAGAGGGAGAGGCGACAGGAAAAGACCAACAACAAACUGGUACUUAAACUCUCUUCACAACUUUUACAAUUGUGCUGAUUAUUGUGGAUCAAAAUAAACACACUCACAUAUAAAACUAUUGUUUUUUAGCAUGAGCUGGAGUUUUUGAGGCAACAGGACCAGCAGCGCAUGCAGGACCUGCAGCACACUUUGGAAGAGCUGCAAAGAGAGGAGAGAGAGAUGGCUGCUCAAAGGCUGUCCGGAAGAACAACAGGGCAGCAACACAAGGCUUCAUCCUCACAAAACAACCUGAAGACGGGGAGCACACUUCAAAACAAGCAGGUACACUGAGGUUCUCACACCCAGAUUUGACGGAUGUGAACAGGGGAGAUGUGGCAUGACUCUGUUAACUCACAGGUCUGAUCUCAAUUUUUUUUUUGAUUGAAGAACCCGUCUUUGCCGUCCUCGCCCAAGCUGCUGGAAAGGCUGCUGGAGGAGAACUCGGAGCUGACCGAGCGCGUGACGUCACUGAGUCAGGAGAAAGCGACCCUCAAACACAGACUCGCCUGCCUGGAGCGAGAGCUGCAGCGCACGGAGUACGAGCUCGCCAAGGUCACCACAGAAACUGAAAAUAGACCCAUCAAUGAUGUGAUGAACAACAGCAAGGUCAGCCAAAAAGAAAACACACACACACACACACACACACACACAGCUCAUCCCUGCAUUAUAAAGAUUGAGAACUCCAAAAAAAAGUUCCGUAACGCUUUCUUUUACGGCACACUUAUUACCAGGUAAUUACCUAGUAACAACAUGAAAUUAUCUGGUAAUUACAUGAUAACUACUAAGUCAAUACUGUCUAGCUACCAGGUAGGUAUCCUUCCAUCAUCAUGCAAAUUUGAAGCCGAAUUGCGCAGUAGCAUUGUACGCAUUCGGCAGGUGAGUCGCUCUGAUAACGCUCAGCUCAAACAGCGUAUCGCUACGCAAUCUUCGCACGCCCAAAGGCUGUAUCAAGUGUCAAUCAUAGAAAAUAAGAACCCCAAAUAGCUUUUGAAAAUGGAGCUGCACAGAAAAAAGAAAAAAAGAGAAACUAGACAGUAUUGACUUGGUAGUUAUCAUGUUAUUACCAGAUAAUUUCAUGUUGUUACAAGGUAAUUACCUGUUAAUUACCUGGUAAUAAGUGUUUGUUGUAAGCUAUAUUAGUUAUUGUUGUUUAGCUAUAGGCCACAACUUUUGAAACGUUUUAAUUUAGGCCCUAAUGAGUUGAUUCUUCACAGUAAUGGUUCUUUUGAUCAACAGGUGCACCGCUUGUAUGAGCGGUACCUGCGUGCCGAGAGCUUCAGGAAAGCUCUGGUGUAUCAGAAACGUUACCUGCUGCUGCUGUUAGGAGGUUUCCAGGAGUGCGAGCAGGCCACCCUGUGCCUCAUCGCCCACAUGGGAGCACGGCCGUCGCCCCCGCUCUCCUCUCAGAGCAGACCUCUCGGACGAUUCCGGGCUGCUGUGCGAGCGGUCAUAGCGGUCUCAAGGUAGGGCGCGCCAUCUAAGAGACAAGAGUUUCUUUUGCAUGUGUGUGUGUGGGUGCUACUGUAACCAAACUCUACAUUUUCAGGAUGAGGUUCCUGACAAGGAAGUGGAACAGAGCCAUCAGGAGAUUAUCUUCACCUGGAGCGGUUAAUGGGCAUGCUUCAGGUCAGCUCAGGGAACAUGUUAUAUGAUGACAUGUAUGACUUGAGCUUAUGUCAGAUGUUUAAGUGUGAGCGUUUCAAAAUGUCUCUUGCAGGGCCUAGAGCUGAAGUUUUAAGGCAGCAACACCCGAGAUUAAAUUCAGACCCACCACCAAACAAAGACAGCAGUGCCAUCCACAAAGUUCCAGUCUCAGCACUUGUCCCACCCAUCAAAUCACCCUUCAGGUUGCACAACAGGUGAGAACCCCUCUUCAGCACAGGCUUAUCAACUUUAAUCUGGUUUAAAUCCCUUAGUUUCCACACAAACUAAAGUGUUUUUCCCCACCUUAGGUCAUACUCCAGCAGCAGUCUGGCCUCCGGGCUUUCAGGAGGAACGUCUCAGGAUCCUGAGCGAACCCUGACAGAAACUAUCCAACACCUAGAGAGGGUCCAGCAGCGGUUGGUGGGAGCAAAGCGAGGUGAGCUGCAUGGACAGAUAUGGAGUUGAAUUCACCAAGGUUAAAGGCUUUUUUGAACCACAGUGGAAACACUUGGGCCGGGGGGUAUUGGGUUAUUGUCACCUCUUUGCUUACAUUUCUUUCCCUUUUCUCUGUGACAAACUUAGUGGAAAAACUAUAUUUGUACCGUGAUUUUUUUUGUUUUUUUGCGAAGUGCAGUAUUCUGGAAAGUGUGCAUUCAGGUUAGAUGGCAUGAAAGCACCCACUUCAAAUGCCUAAUCCAACACUGUCAAUAGAUUUUUUUCUCUGAUCCCAGCAUCGGAUGCAUGUCACCUAAUUUGGGCACUUGUUUUUUCAGGAAGCUUUAUUUAAAAAAGAAAAGAAAAAAAAAAAUUGCUGUUUAGAAAGUAAUGCACAGUAAUGAAAAUUAAUUCUUUUGGACGUCUUGAAAUCCCACUAUGCCUAUAUGCUCUUAAAUCUCCCAACAUAGAAACCAAGAGUGAUAUAGCCACACCUCCUAAAGAGGAGAGAAGGAUACAGUCAGCCUGUUCCCCUCAUAUGAUUGGUUAUCGGCAGCGCUGGCUGCAGGAGAAUAGGACAUGGCUGUACCUGAGUUGCUUGUCGCCCAUUUACCUUAACGGUCCAGGUGAGUGUGAGUGUAAUAUGCUCACUCCACCAAACAAUAAAGCAACACUGAUCACGUCUUGGGGCGGGUGCUGGGUCACUGGGUGCACUAGAUUUGAGGUGGUUAUUGGCCUUGUUUGGAAAGUACAAACAUUGUUCUAGACUUCAUAGUAGCAUACGUGUAGAUUUAUUGUUUUUACACUAAAUAAGGAUGUUCACCUUCUUUUUUCUGUCCCAUCAGGUUCUCCAGUGCUCCAGACUGACCCAAAGUAGUUGGACAAGUGAAAUGAUGAAUGUCUCCCAUCAACAUAUUGUUCAGAACUUGUCCAUGCCUUAUAUCCAUGUAGAAAGAGGAGUCACAUGUUGCAUUUCUUGAUCUUUUUUUAUUGAGUGCAUAAAUUAUUUUUCACUAUUUGCUAUCGCAUCUUUUUUAUUCUCUGUAUGGAAGUAUUUUGAAGUUCACUCCUUACACGUUGAAAAACAAAUGUUUUUCAUUAUUUUAAAUAAGGCUGUUAUUUUUCUACUAAUUUUUUAUACCUUUUUGUGCUCUGUAAAUACUACUGAUGUUCAUUGCACAUGUCCAAAUUUGCACUGGUUUUGACUGUAAUUCUAUGAUGACUAUAUGUAGUAAUUUGCAUAAUUGUUUAAGGUGUAAUGUUUCUGUUGUAUUUUCUAUGUUUUCCAUAAAGUUGAUGAAUAUUUUAAAUGUGUGUGUAUGGACAUAACAGACUUGUUAUUUUAUGGCAGCUUGUGAAAUACACCUAACAAUGCAAGUAAAAACCACAUACUAUAUUGGAUUGUGUGCUUUGUAUUUAAUCAUAGCCUGGGAUGGGAUUGAAGAACAUGGUUCAUUAAUGACUUUUCCUUUGCUUUUAUAUUUAAAUUGUGAUUGAGAAAAAAACACUAAGUUUCCUUUAAUCAAAUAACUUUCUAUAAAGAAGUAAGCAAACAAACUAAGGCCCUAUUAGCUAGAUCCAUCUUUUUACUUGUUAGCAGUUUCAGGAUUACUAUUUAUGAUUACAACAGAUUAGAAGAAGAAUCUAAGAAGCGCGCAUAUGGUAAAAAUGCCUUUUCCAUUCAGAUGUGAUUUACAAGAAAUAUCACUCUUUCCCUGAAACUAAAGUUAGUUUUUUGUCUGGAUGUUUGCAAAUCUCAGUUGAUUUCCUGAUUAGUCACAUGACUAUAACACUAAAAGUGCCGUUGAAGUGCCAUUCCUAAUCUAAACUGAGGAACCUUUUUACUUUAACGCUCAUCCCUCUUCUCAUUUCCUCUUUAAACAAACUACUUUUUAUACUUUAAAUCAUCAUCUUAAAAAAAAUAUAUAUUUUUUUAAAACCUUUUUUUUUAAUCAAAUUUGUAAACCUUUUUACUUUUACACUUAUUUUUUCCUCUUUAAACAAACUACUAUUUAUACUUUAAAUCAUCUCUUAAAAAAAAGAAAUAUUUUUUAAAACUUCUUUUUUUGAAUCAAAUUUAUAAACCUAUUUUUUAUUAUCUUAAAUACCUUUUUUAUAUUUUGAACAGCACGUUUUAUUUUGUAAAAAAUAAACUAAUUAACUCACGUUUUAACAAUAAUAAUAAUAAUAAUAAUAAUAAUAAUAAUGAUAAUAAUACAUUUAUGUCUGCGAAAACAGAUCUUAAAGUACAUACAAGGCAAUUGUAAAAACAACAAAAAUAUUUUUUUCAGUGAAGUCUUUCAUAGAAAUUCCCUGAUUUAUAGUUUUCUUGUCGAUUAUGUAACUGAGCUGCUAUGAGCGUUAGCUGCCGCCGCUGUUGCUGCUGUCCUGUUCCCAGGUAAACUCAGAUAGGGGUUCGUUUGUUUAUUUGAAAACCAGUCCGCUUCUGACUGUUUUCUUCUGGUUCUUGCCCCCACUCUCAAUGUGCACUCAGGAACUCCGCCCGCCCGUUCUGCGAAGAGACUGCAAACAUUCGCACCCACAACAGCAACACUUUAUGACGCACAUCCUUCGCAGCUCGGUACUAGCGUUGCUGCUAACGGUGAGCUAAGUCAAAGGAGGACUCUGUGUCGUACAUCGUUGGUUGACAUCUUACAGGGUUCUGAAAUCGUCCUGGCCCGCAAAGAUACCCCCGUUACACUAUUCUCGUAUAUCUCUGGGAUGUAUGGAUGGAUAGUUGACGGAAUCUCGUCGCUAUUUGAGUCCGUUUCGGGGCAAAACCCCUCCGAGUGGCCCGGGAAAGGUACCGCUGGCGAGGAGGUACCCACGCGACCUGCGGUUACAGCGCAGCAGCAGCAGGAGAGCCACAGCAGACCGGCUAAACGAAACUACCAGAGGUGGGCUUUUACAGAUUAAGACUAUUUUUGUACACAUAGUUUCUCAGGUGUACUGGCUGAAGCGUUGUUAACCGUGUUAUGCUACCUUGUUACUCAGUGGGAUAGUUAGAGUGAGAUAGAAAAGAUAGUUGUGUGCCAGUAUAGUGGCUAACAUGUUGAUGAUGGCUCGAUGCUCAGGUUAACAUUUUCUUCCUGUUUCAAAACCUCGACUAAGAAGUGGCGAUGUUCAUAUUCUGUUAAAAACGAAAGGAAGAUGAGUUAAGAUGUUCCUUUUAAUAGUCCCACAGCAUAUAGUCAUACAAGAGAAAUUAAAGUCUAAAGCAGCUUAGAGUCAAGAAAAAAGAUAAGAUAUGUACAUGAGUUCAAUUUACAUGUGUACAGAAUAUAAAUAAUGAUAUGGAAACGAUUGAAGUAAACGAAUAUGACAUCUGAAUGUGUUUAUUUGUUUGUUUGGAACCCCAUUAGCUUCCAUACAGUGGUUGCUAGUCUUCCUGGGGUCCAAAAACUCAACAAUAACAAUUAGGGCCCGACUGAUUUAUCGGCGAGCCGAUUAAAUCGGCCAAAACUCGCCGAUUUUCGCUGAUAUUUUCAAAAAUAACCACCCUAAGGCAGUGAGUAAGGCAGUAUAGGAUUAUAAGAAAACAUUUACAUUAAUCAUUUACAAUGGACAGUUUUACAUCAGAUAUCUAUACAGUGUUAACCUUUCAAAUGGGAUCCCCAAUAAACUAAAUAACAUGCAUUACUAUGACUAUACCGCAGUACACUUUUUUAAUGUUAAAUCUUUUCCUAAAGUGUUGCAUGCACCAACCAGCCAUGCUGAAUAUCAGUCUUUGGCCCUAGUGUCAGAUUUGUUGUAUUAAAGACUGAACCAAGAAAAACAGGCUUCAUAUCACAAACUGGAAAUGUGUCUAUGUACAUAAAAACCUGGACUUAUAUAGUUCAGUUUCACUUACUUUUCCAUAUUGUUGUAAAUAUUUCAAAAAUAUUGUAGUGCCAGGUGUUUCAACAUGGUGCAGCCCUAGUUCAUGUUUGAUAUUUUUCUGUUACAGUGUUGAUGUUGCAGACGGUGUGUGCCAGAGCGACCCAAUCAAGGCGAAAAGGCGUAGGCGAGGUUUGUCUAAAAACACACAAUUUUUUGUUUCCCGUCAGUGACAAGAUGGGUGGUGUUUGUGAGUAAUGAGGGCGUUUGUUGAUUUCGCGGUGUCCUCGGUUUCAGAUGUAGUCAUUAGCUUCGUGAAGAAGACUGUGGCAGGAGUAGCAGGUCUGCUUGGGCUGCAAAACUCGCUGACCACAAGGUGUGAGAAGCCCAAACAAUAUGAAGACACGCAGGUUUGUGCUUUAAUUCUCAAGUAAAAUGACUGUUUUGAUUAUGCUGCAUUGGCCUCUUUAAACAAUCUUGACCAGGUAGCUUUAUUGAUACUCUGGAGUUAAGUUUCUGGUUUUCAUACUCAAUCUUUGUUUACCUUUCUCUCUGCUGAUUCAGCCUGUGACUCUGAUGGGGAUAGAUGAGCUCCACACCUCAUGGCUAAACAGUUCUGAAUGGAGAAUGAGUAAGUGAGGGUAGCUUUCACCCCCAAAAACACAACAACUGUUUACAAACAUUUCUGUAUUCUGUUUUUUUCACUCAUUUAAAUGUUUUUUGUUCCCAAUCUAAAGGUAAACCAGUGGGUGGAGUGAAUGAGAGGGGAGGGAAGAACCCCUUUCAGAGCUCCUCACCUCCUUUAAUGAGAAAGUACAGGUAAGUUCUACUGCCAUGGUCUCCUCACUUAUUCAAUUGUUAAAUGAGUAACCCAUGGUAAAAAAUACUCCCUUGCUAAUGUACAUAUAAUUCCAAAUCCAGCGGGGCCGGGCUGCCUAAUGGGCUCCCUGACAAGGGUAAGGACCGGGAGAGGAGAGGCUCCCUCCAGCUGUUGCCCUCCAGACCAGUUUUGAGGAUGGGAACCCCUAAUCCUGACCCAACUUGCAAUGGCUUUGGACACCAACGUUGCUAUAAGCCUAGUCUCACUGUAGAGGAGGUAAGACUUGAUGAGUAAGCGUGCUUGGUUGGAUUUGUAAAAGGGUACUCUAAAUUUUAUGUUUAUGCAUGAAUCCAUAACAGCACUUGCGUUGUUUUUGCUUAUUUUGCUGUGUCAGUGAUCAUUUAUUUGUCCUCCGCCUCAGACCAUAAAACAGAAUAACAAAGAGCAUUACAGGCGCUUGCUGGAGAUGGUCACCGAGAAAUACAGCAAAAGCCAACCUCUACCUUUCAACCAGACUAAACCACAAAAGUAAGUGUACCUAUGUCGUCACAUUGGGUUUAUUACACACUGAGUAACCUGAGCUGAUCAUUCCUCUCCAAUACGAACUCUUGCAGUGAGUUGCUGUCUCAGAGUGAGCCCAAAAAAACAGCUCCAGGCAAAGCAGCUGAACCAUUGCCCAGGAAGAUGGGUUACACAGGUAAGACGCCUCUAUAACUAAGCUGAUCUGACUGGGUAGUUUUAAGUCAUCUUGAACAGGCUGUUAUUUUAAAAUAAACCAAUUUUAAUGCAUUUAAAUGUCUUUUUGCACAGCUUCCCCAAGUAUGUACUCAUGGAGAAAUGCACCUGCGAUUAAGGAGAGGUUGGUGUGUUAUAUCUGUACUAUAUAUCUAGGUAUUUUUCAUGUAUGGCUUGCGCAUAUUUUCCAAUCCCCUGACGUAUUUUUUGAUCUCCAGGCACAGCAGCUUGACUUAUAGUAAAACCUUCAGUGGAGCUUUUGAGGACACACAACCUAUAAGAUGUGCAAAGGUAGUAACUUCACUUGCUUUCUCAUGAGAACGCUCACUAGGUUGUAAUUGUGGUUUGAAACUCUAAUACAUCAUUUCUGUAAUCUCAGCCUGUGUUACAGCAGAAACAAGCUGCAGAGGUGGACCUUUCUACAGAAGUCGCCACUCGUCUCAAUCUUGUUGACAGAGAGACUCCUUCGGCUAGCGUCUCAGACACUCAUACCGCACAAACGUCGCACACUGCGCAUGCACGACACAGUAAUGAAGACAUACCUCGGCUGACGAAGGUGAGCUGGUCAGAAGCAGAUGAAGUCCCCGUGUUAAAAAGCAUGGAUACGGUUCACUUCACGUAGCGUGUGUCCUGUUUUUUUUGUGCGUAGGAAAUGGCAGCAGAGGUGAGCUGUGCGCUGGCUCAGAGUGACCCCAACCUUGUUUUGAGUGCGGCUUUCAAACUUCGCAUCACACAGAGAGACUUGGCCACACUGCAGGAAGGGGGCUGGCUCAACGAUGAGGUAAGAGCUUGAAGGCGGAGAUGAUUAGUUUUCAGAUUUUGACACAAGUUAGAUAUAUAGAUACUCAUUUAAUUCUUAUGAUGAAAUAAUGAUAAUAAAUAUGAAACACAUCAGGUUCAGUCGUGCUCAGUGACAACAUGGAUUCAACAGAAACAGCCAAAGAGCUUUUGUAAGAGAGCCGUUAAUGCUGACUGUAUCCAUGCUUCUCUUGUAAGGCUCUUAAGCAAAUAUUGAACUAUUUCAGUUUAUUUUAAGGGUGCAGGUCUAUCAUUCACAGGGUAUCCCAAAUGCUGCUGACAUGUGUAAGAACCAGGAAUGAAUUUUGCUUCUUUAAUCUUUUUUUUUUUUUUUUUUUUUUUUCAUUAAGCUGUAAAUAAUUUUCAACUUGUCGUAGUUUCCUGCACGACCUCUUCCUCUUUUUUCCUCGUACAGGUACAAAUGUGACUCAUUUAUUUGCAGCGUUGAUAUUUCCAAAACAUAGUAACAAUAACGAAUGCUGCCUUCCUAUUUACGAACGCUGUUAAUUUUAUUGUCUGAUGGCGUGAAGUGUAGGUGUUUGGCACCAGACAAGUUCUAUUUUGUGGUAGUAGUAGCUCCUGCACCCAGUCACCAUGGAAACAAAGUUUGUGGCAUGACCUGCUUUCUAAUAUUAGCAACUCAAAAUGUGGCUAAUACCACUGAGAUGCUCAGUAUGCUUGUGUGAAUGUUCCCCACACUAUUCUAUUAGUGCUCUACUGCUCUGGCUAUAUUUAGUAACACUAUUAAAGCCAUUCUUCAAUACUACAGCUAUAGUGGAUGAUUAAUUAUGAGGCCAUGAUUUAACAAAUCAUUAAAAAAUGAUCCCUAUUCUCUUACUGAAAGCAAAAGAAGAUCACAACCUUUUUUUCUGUUCUCCUUCUUCUUUCCUCUUUGAACAGGUGAUGAAUUUCUACCUUUCCCUCAUCAUGGAGCGGUGCUCUGUUGAAACGUCCGGAUUAAAAGUCUACACCUUUAGCACCUUCUUCUUCCCGAAGCUGCGCGGCGGUGGAGGCGGGCAGAGCGGAGGUCACACCGCAGUGAAGCGUUGGACCAAAGCGGUUGACCUUUUCCUCUACGACCUCAUUCUGGUCCCUUUGCACCUGGGUGUCCACUGGGCGCUGGCUGUGAGUUAGAGUCACAUCUGUUUCUGUUCUAAUUUGUGUUCACCCAUCUGGACAGAGAUUUUGGACAUCCUGUGCCCUAAGCAGCUUGUGUCAUAAAUGGAUAUUCUGAUGAUGCUUGUUCUUCACCUGUGUUGAAAAUGAACUCCAUACACUGAACAUGAAAAAAGGAACAUAAGACUGAUUGUACCCAGGUUUUGACUUUGUUCUUUCCUCUCAUCCUCAUUCCCAGGUUAUUGAUUUCAGGUCAAAGACAGUGAAGUCCUAUGACUCAAUGGGACAGAGACAUGAUGACAUCUGUAGUCUUCUAUUGUAAGUCUUUAUCAUUCUCAUAAGCAUGGUUAUCAGUCACUUUAAUAAGCCUGUCAUGUACUGGGUCUUGCUCCCACUUACUAAGCAGCAUUGUUGUGUUCACCUUCCAGACUUUACCUUAAAGAGGAGCACAAAGUUAAGAAAGGCAGAGAGCUUGACAACUCCAAAUGGACUGUGGGCAGCUUAAGGGCCACUGUAAGCUGAACUGAAAUUAAUAAUCGCUGUGUUUUUUAAAUAUUCUAAUUGCUAGUGUUUACUGUGAGGGUAACUUUUUGCACUUUUCAUAACUCGUACAGGAGAUUCCCCAGCAAAAGAACGGCAGCGACUGUGGUGUUUUUGCCUGUAAAUAUGCUGAUUAUAUCGCAAAAGGGAGGCCUCUCACUUUCAAACAGGUAUUUACAUUUACCUUUGGAUAGCAGAAACAUAUCUUGUAACAGCAAUGUUAAUAUGUUUUAAAAUCAUUUGAACGAUGUUGACAUCUUUUGUAAUGUUGACCUCUUUUCUCUGCAGUGCCACAUGCCUCUCUUCAGGAUGUUAAUGAUUUGGGAAAUCAUCAAUCAGAAGCUGCUGUAG